CAAGCAGCAGAAACAGCAGCAGAACGGGGAUGAAGUGAUUCACAGUAAAGAGAGAGAGAGAGAGAGAGAGAGGCUGAGGAGUGUUACACCUCUGCACUGUUUCCUCUCUCGUGUGUUCUUCUCGAUCUCAUUCGUGUCGCCUGCUCUCCUCCCGUCCGUCUGUCUGUCCUCUUCUGGUUCAUUGUUACUGUGAUGGAUCUCAGGACUGUUGUGACCUUCUCAACCCUUUUACUCGCUGUUGCUGAACAAACAAGUGCUGAGACAAACAACACUCACCCGUCGCCCUCAACCACUAAGAACGGCAGCACCAGCCGGAGCUAUUCCUCCGGCCCCGUUACUCCACCAUCCACUGCUAGCCCCGCCUCCAACCCCGUCAGCCCUCCGCCUGCCCCGGGUCGGCUCACGGUCAACUGGAAGGGUAAAUGUGAAGGAGCAGAUAUCGUGAUCCUCCAUCACCCCUCCAGCACCACCUCAGCCGUUUGUCACGGCAGUGCAAAGAGCAUCGAGAGUCUUCAGAGAAUUGUGUGUGAAAACCAGGGAGGCUGUGACGACAAACGUCACGGGGACAAAGGCCCGGACUUGUCGGAUGGUUCUGACGGAACAGUGAAGAGGACCGGCUGUGAGACAGUGAAGGUCCAGUGCGCAGUUGAUGAGGUCCUCCAAGACGUGCAGAGGCAACUGCAGGCCUACAAAGUGGUGACGGCGUUACUGUGCUGCGUGCUUCUGGUCCUCCUACUGAUCCGCUUCACCAGACCUACUGUCAAAGUCCUGCAGAAGAGACUAUCCGACAGGAGACAGAAUCGCUGGAUCGGCCCAACGCAGAGUCCCAGUGUGUCUUAUCAUCGAGGAAAAACUGCAGUUAGAAACAAUGACGCAGACAGCAGGCUGUCCUACCCGGCUCUGGAGCGCCUGGCAGUGUUUGACAGCGGAGAGCCGUCGUCCAAUAGGAGCAGCGGCUAUAACUUCUGACGUGUGCCCUCUUCUUGCAUCAUCAUCAUCAUCAUCAUCAUCAUCCAUAUGUGGGCUAAAAAUGCAUUUUAACAUUUGACUAUUCUUGGAGCUGUUUGUAAUGGGAAUGUUUUAUUAUCCAAGAUAGUAAAGUGUUUGACUCACCUCUUGACAUGCGUGCAGUGGCUGUACUACUACUACUACUAACAUCUAACAAUAAUCAGCAUGUACCACCAACCAUGUAUAGUAUUGUAUCCAGACUUCAUUUAGAAUAAAUGCCAGAUCCCUACAAAAGUUUUGUUCAGAUGUGAUCAUUUAAUGGAAUUGUUCUGUGGUUGUUAAGAGUAUUUUUACAUUUAGGUAGUUUAAUAAGUUUCCUUAUUCUUUGAGCAUUUGUGCUAAGCUAACAAAACAAUUGCGUAACACAAUAUUGAUUAAAUAAAACCUGAUUCACCGAUAUGUUUUUAUGUUUUUUUUUCAGUAAAGUUAUCUAUGUCGUGUUUGA